CACCGAGCGCGCGCACACACACGCACGAUCCCCACCCCUUGACUCACACCUUCCCCCCCACUCGCCAAGUUGAACGAUGUGCGCACGUUAGCAGCCUGUUUGGCGCCAAUGUGAGGUCUUUUUUUAUUUUUUAAAUAUUCCGCACGUUUGGCCACUCUUUGAUUGAGCACCGCGGGGCACACGCAGAACGUAGCGGGUGCGAGCAUGUGAAAGAAGUUUCGCGAAAGAAGAAGACCAGAGAAGACGAAGAAGAAAUGGAUGCGAGGACGCGCGUGCUGCUUUUGCGCGCACUUUUCUUCCACUUGGCGCGUUUGGGAUUUACCGGCGCUCAAUUCUUCCCAGGCGGCUGUAACUUCGAGGACUCGUACAGCAGUUGUGGCUACAGUGUCUCUCUGGGAACCAACGGCUUCACCUGGGAACAAGUGGGCUCAUGGGAGAAGCCCACCACGGACCAUAACAUGCAUCCAGGUGGCUUCAUGGCGGUGAACGCGUCCGGCCGGGCGUCCGGUCAGAGGGCGCACCUCUACAUGCCCAAGCUGAAGGAGAACGACACUCACUGCAUCGACUUCCUCUAUUCGCUCUCCAGCCGGGACGGCGCCAGCCCGGGCACGCUCAAUAUCUACAUCAAGGUGAAUGGCGGCGCCCAAAGCAACGCCGUGUGGAACGUGUCGGACACCGUCACCGAUGGUUGGGUGAAAGCUGAGCUCGCCAUCUCCACCUUCUGGCCCAACUCCUACCAGGUAAUAUUUGAAGCCGUUUCAGUCCAGGGCCAUCCGGGUGUCAUCGCCAUUGACGACAUCCGAGUUCUGGCUCAUCCGUGCAGGAAGGCGCCGCACUUCCUGCGUCUCCAGAACGUGGAGGUGAACGUGGGCCAGAACGCAUCGUUCCAGUGUACGGCCGGCGGAAAGUGGUCUCAGCACGACAAGCUUUGGCUGCAGCAGUGGAACGGGAAGGACACGGCACUCAUGGUCACCCGGGUGGUCAACCACAGACGCUUCUCGUCCACCGUCAGCGUGGGCGACACGUCGCAGCGCAGCACGAGCCGCUAUCGCUGUGUCAUCCGUACUGAAGGAGGCUCGGGAGUGUCCAACUACGCCGACCUCAUUGUCAAAGCUCCGCCCACUCCCAUCGCUCCACCUGAGCUCCUAGCGGUGGGCGCCACCUACCUGUGGAUCAAACCCAACGCUAACAGCAUCAUCGGCGACGGGCCUAUCAUCCUGAAGGAGGUGGAGUACCGCACCACCUCGGGAAACUGGGCCGAGACCCACGUGGUGGACGCCCCCACUUACAAGCUUUGGCACCUGGACCCCGAUGUGGAGUACGAGAUCAAGGUCUUGUUGUCCAGACCCGGAGAGGGAGGGACGGGUCCCCCAGGACCGCCGCUGGUCACCAGGACCAAAUGUGCAGAUCCGGUCCACGGUCCCCAGAGCGUCAACGUCGUGGACGUCAGGGCCCGUCUGUUGACCAUACAGUGGGAGACGUUUGGCUACGCCGUAACACGCUGUCAUAGCUACAAUCUGACGGUGCAGUACCAGUACGUCUUCAACCAGCAGGAAUUCGCGGCCGAGGAGCUCAUCCAGACGUCAUCGCGCUACACCCUCAGGGACCUUAGGCCCUUCGUCACGGUGCGACUGCGGCUGGUUCUGGCCAACCCCGAGGGCAGCAAAGAGAGCGAGGAAAUCGUUAAGCAAACGGAGGAGGAUGUGCCUGGCUCGGUGCCCAUGGAGUCCCUGCAGAACACGCCUUACGAGGAAAAGAUCUUCUUACAGUGGAAGGCUCCCAAUGAGACCAACGGGAUCAUCACACAGUACGAGAUUACUUACAAGGGUCUGAGCUCGUUGGACCCCAGCGCUGAUCUAACCACCCAAUGGGGGAAGGUGACCAAGCCCACCAACGAGACCCAUCACCUGUUUGUGGCUCUCUACCCGGGGACCACCUACUUCUUCACGCUCAAAGCCUCCACCAACAAAGGCGCCGGCCCACCUGUCACUACGCGCAUCACUACCAAGAUAGCAGCCCCCACGAUGCCCAAGUAUGAGUCUGAGGCGCCGCUGAACGAGACCGAGUCAACCAUAACCGUCUUGCUCAAGCCCGCCAAGUCUCGCGGAGCGCCCAUCAGCUCCUACCAGCUCGUCGUGAAAGAGGAGCGCAAGUCCAAGGCCCGCCGUGCUGCCUCCGAGGCCCCCGAGUGCUUUGCCGCCCCCUUCAGCGUCCGCAAUGCCUCCGUCUUGAACUCACCGUACUACAUGGCGGCCGAGUUGCCGCCGUCGAGCCUGACCAUGGUGCAGCCCUUCACGGUGGGAGACAACAAGAGCUACGGCGGCUUCUGGAAUCCUCCGCUGUCGCCCGCCAAGAGCUACAGCAUCUACUUCCAGGCCGUGAGCAGAGCCAGCGGGGAAACCAAAAUCAACUGCGUGCGUCUGGCUAACAAAGUGGUGAUAGGUAGGGGACAAAUAACCACGCCGUACAUUCUAGUCAUCCCAAGCGAAGGCGCGUCCACGCAGGACUCGGACGCCAUCGAGCCCGAGAAGCCCGUGGACGGCUCAGUCAAACUGGCCGGCGUGAUCACCGGCAUCCUCAUGUUCAUCAUCAUCCUCCUGGGCGUGGUCCUCACCUUCAAACGCAGAGAGAUUCACACAUGGAGAACUCUGAGCGUGGGAAGACAUGCUUAUUCCUACUCUUAUUACCUGAAGCUGGCCAAGAAGCACAAGGAGACGGCCAGCAGCUCCACCCAGCAGAGGGAGAUGGGCCCCGUCACCACGGCCGAUAAGAGCACCACCAAAGUCAGCACGCUGCACAAAGACGACCCUUUCUCCACCUCCAGCCAGGACCUCAACGGCUUCACCUCCCCCUCCUCCUGCUCCUUCUCCAUGCAGGGAAGCAAGACGCUGCAGAGCAAAUCCCUGCUCAAUUCCUACUACUCAGUGUCCAAAGAGCCCGUCCCUGCCACCACAUCCCUGGACAGCAGCCAGCCCUCGCUCGCCCAGCCCUCGCUGACGCUGCAGAGCUUCCCCUACGGCGGCCGGGAGUCCGUGGAACUUGCCUACCAGAGCGGUCAGUUCCAGGCGGGUCAGUUUCAACCUGCAAUACGAGUUGCAGACCUCCUGCAACACAUCACUCAGAUGAAAUGUGGUCAAGGAUACGGCUUCAAGGAGGAGUACGAGGCGUUGGCGGAGGGACAGACGGCGCCCUGGGAAAGUGCCAAGAAGGACGAGAACCGCAACAAGAAUCGCUACGGCAACAUCAUCGCUUACGACCACACAAGAGUGCGACUGCAGCUGCUCGACGGAGAGCCCCACUCAGACUACAUCAAUGCCAACUUUAUUGAUGGGUACCACAGACCCAGACAUUACAUUGCCACACAAGGUCCCAUGCAGGAAACUGUGAGGGAUUUUUGGAGGAUGGUGUGGCAGGAGAACUCAGCCUCUAUCGUCAUGGUUACCAACCUAGUGGAGGUGGGCAGGGUGAAGUGUGUGCGCUACUGGCCCGAUGAGACCGAGCUUUACGGCGACAUCAAGGUCACCUUGGUGGAGACGGAGCCGCUGGCCGAAUACGUCAUUCGAACCUUCACCGUCCAAAAGAAGGGUCACCAUGAACUCCGAGAACUGCGACAGUUCCACUUCACCAGCUGGCCCGACCACGGCGUGCCCUGUUACGCCACCGGACUGCUGGGUUUCAUACGCCAGGUCAAGUUCCUCAACCCGCCUGACGCCGGGCCCAUUGUUGCUCACUGCAGCGCCGGUGCGGGUCGUACAGGCUGCUUCAUCGCCGUGGACAUCAUGCUGGACAUGGCGGAGAACGAAGGCGUGGUGGACAUUUUUAACUGCAUCCGCGAGCUGAGGUCCCAGCGGGUGAACAUGGUGCAGACAGAGGAACAGUACGUGUUCGUCCACGACGCCAUCUUGGAGGCGUGUCUGUGCGGCAACACGGCUAUCCCCGUGUGUGACUUCCGAGCCAUCUACUACAACAUCAGCAGACUGGACCCUCAGACCAACUCCAGCCAGAUCAAAGAUGAGUUCCAGACUCUAAAUAUAGUGACCCCUAGAGUGCGUCCAGAGGACUGCAGUGUCGGUCUGCUACCUAGGAACCACGACAAGAAUCGCAGCAUGGACGUUCUCUCUGCAGACCGCUGCCUGCCUUUCCUCAUUUCUGUGGACGGCGAGAGCUCCAACUACAUCAACGCCGCUUUGAUGGACAGCCACAAACAGCCGGCAGCAUUCAUCGUUACCCAACAUCCUUUGCCAAACACAAUGGGCGACUUCUGGAGGCUGGUGUUUGACUACAACUGCUCGUCCAUCGUCAUGCUCAACGAAAUGGACGCCACACAGUUGUGUAUGCAGUACUGGCCGGAGAAAAGCUCGUGUUGUUAUGGUCCCAUUCAGGUGGAAUUCAUCUCAGCAGACAUCGACGAUGACAUCAUCAAUCGCAUCUUCAGGAUCUGCAACAUGGCCAGGCCUCAGGACGGCUAUCGCCUGGUGCAGCACUUCCAGUUCAUUGGUUGGCCGGCCUACAGGGACACGCCCCUCUCCAAGCGCUCCAUCCUGCAGCUGGUCAGGCGGCUGGCCAAGUGGCAGGAGCAGUAUGAUGGCGGAGACGGGAGAACGGUGGUGCACUGCCUCACCGGCGGUGGGCGUUCCGGAACGUUCUGUGCCAUGUGCAGCAUCAACGAGAUGAUCCAGCAGCAGAACAUCGUAGACGUGUUCCACACUGUCAAAACGCUGAGGAACAACAAGACCAACAUGGUGGAGACGAUGGAGCAAUACAAGUUCUGCUAUGAGGUCGCCUUGGAGGCGCUCAGCUCCUUCUGAUCGGCCAUCAAUGCAACACAAGGACGCACAACGAAACACACAGCUUUGUGUUGACGGACGCCACGACCUGUCAGAAUACGCGUGCAUGUGUGUGUGUGUGUGUGUGCUUAAAAAACAGUCCACACACACAUGUGUGCUUUUCCCGCGACAGGCGUUGGCUUCUAUCACAUUGAAGGACUUAUUGUACAAAGGAAGAGAAGAAGAAGAAAAUGUUUAUGAAAGCUUUUUCCAGCUUUGUGUGGCUGCAGGCUGUGAUGUGAUUAUUGUACAGUAUUUGACUUUUUAGAUUAUUCUACGCCUUGAAUGUUGUCUCCCUCUACAUGCUGGAUGCACACACACACACACACACACACACGCACACACACACACACACACACACACACGCAUGUGGCCUUGGCUCCGCCCCCCUGCCGGUGUCACUCGCCUGGCGGGUAGGAGUCACGUGCAACAGUAAACAAGCCCCGCCUUUUUUAAACCUGAGUAUCUUUGUUGGUCAGGCGGGACGAGGAAGGAAGGUUCUUGUCACAGACAACUCAGUGUCGCUUUGUGUUCCGACCCCACCGGGGUCAAAGGUUAAUGGUGACACACCACUUUUUGGGCACCCUGCUUUUUGAGGGGUACUGAGCACUAAAGUGUGCUGAUUGGAAGACAAGAAUGUUUCCUCCGUCGUUACCCGAGCAAACAUGACGGUGUAAUGGAAUGAGAAUGUUGAGAGCGCAGGUUUGAACGUUGUUGCACAUGUUGUGGAUGGAUGAGUGGCCAUGCUGGUGUGCAUCCAUCCUCGCUGUAAAUAAAACAACCACAGUCAAACAUUUUGUUGCAUUUCCUCCAUUUUGUCCCAACGUUGCAGUAUUAUUAUUUUUUCUUUCAUUUGACCGCAUUCAGCUCUGCUUGCACCUGCAUGGGAUUAUAUGCCAAAUGGGAGAAUUUACUGUUUAACGUUGGUCCAAGCAAACGUCUCAUCACAGAAUGACAGCAAACAUCCUCCUAAAUUGUCCGUGCAUCAAACUUUUUAUUUAUUGUUUUUUGUUUUUUUUCAUUCUGUAAAUGCAACUUCUUUUUUUUUUUUUUUUUUUUAAUGUUUGUAGCAAAGUGUUCUUAUGUUGUUUAGUUGGAGUCCGGUCGGGCUGGCUGGUGAAGUCUCCGCUUAAGUUGAGCUGCUUUUAAAUUGUUGUUGUUUUUUUUUGUCUUGAAUUUGUACAUUUGAUUUGUAUAAUUAAAAGAUGAUUCCUUCAGCAAAGUGUUUAGAUUGAUAUUGGUUGUUUAGUUGUUUGAAAUGUGGUUAUUAUAAAAUAAAGGGACCA